CUGACUUUUCUAACUUUAUUCUCCAACUGUACCCCUUACGCAAAACGGAGAGAGCAAAGGACACCUUUUAAGCCCUUUUUUUUUUACUUUUGCUUCAGCCCUAUGAAGGAUGGGAAUCUACUGUUUUUACGUGCACAUGGGAGUGUACUGAUGCACCUGUUGAUUAAAGGGAGAGCGGGUGUGAAAGAAUGGACGAAGUGGCCGUGAUGAAGUCUGAUACUCUGCUCCGCUUGGACGGCGGCGGGAGAGCCGAGCAGGGGAGCAGAGCGACCUGCGCAGACUUCCCUCAGACGAGUUUAACGGGACGGGACGAUGCAGACCUGCUGCAAUGCCAGGACGACACUGAAAACAGCUCUGCCUUGAAGUACAGGAGAUAUGGGUCUCGUCUCAGUGGGGUCAAAAUUCGCCACAAGAGACAGGUGCUGCAGGACAUGGCCCGGCCGCUCAAACACUGGCUGUACAAGCACCGGGACAACCCCUACCCAACCAAGACAGAGAAGGUCCUGCUGGCCCUGGGCUCGCACAUGACACUAGUCCAGGUUUCCAAUUGGUUUGCAAACGCCCGACGGAGGCUGAAGAACACUGUGAGACAGCCGGACCUGAGCUGGGCCCUGAGGAUCAAACUGUACAAUAAAUACAUCCAGGGGAACGCGGAGAGGCUGAGCGUGUGCAGCGACGACCCGGACUCCGACGAUGAGGAGUGCACUCUGCAGUCUCCCAUCGGCCAGGCCAACUUCGGCAGGACGUCGUCCCACAAGAGCGAGGGGCAAGGCGGCAUGCUCACCAUCGCCGAGUGCGCCAACGGAGACGACAAUGCCUCCCCCCCGUCCAAGUACAAGAGCAGCCUGCUCAACCGUUACCUGAACGACACCCUGCGGCACAUGAUGGCGGCCAAGGCGGACGGCAUGGCCUCGGCCUGCAAGAGGCGGAGCCACUCCGAGUCCUUCAGCUCCAACGAAGGCGACAGAGACGUUGUCUCUCCGGCUUCCUCCUACGAGACAGAAGCUAACUUCAUCUACCGAAUGGACAAGGUGGACUGUUCUCCAGCUGAGAGUGACAGAGGCCAGCAGAGGAGCCGAGGCCCCCCGGGCCCCCGGGGCCCCCAGGGCUGGAGGGAGAUCCAUGCCGCCGUGGCCCUCACCAGCUUGGCCCAGGGGCAGACGUGUGCGGCAGUCUGCAGCCGCGAUCCGGCGGCCGGAGCGGCCACAGGGCGGAGCUGCACCCGCGGGCCCUUCUUCUCUGCCGCGGGCCCCGGGGCCGCCUUCACGGAGGGGGCGGGGGCUUCCCUACGGCCCGCCACAGGGACUGCUCUCACUAACCGCAUCAUCCAGAAAUCCUGCCACAUCUCCGAGGUCCAGACUGUCCAAGUGGCCCUGGCCAACACCGGGUAGUCCCGGGGGACGAGCCCCGGGCCCCCAGGGGACCCUGUAAUAUAAACUAUGUACAGCAUAAGACUAAUGUUCUGUAAUUCUGGCCAGAGUUAACAUUUUUAGUAUUUUCUUUUGGUUUUAUACGGUAAAAUCAGAACAUUAACCUGGUUAUGUUGAAUAUGAAGAUGAAUGUCUGCUGUUUGUGCUGUUCCUUUAGUUUCCCCUCAAUGUCCCCUCAGAAUCCCAUUAAUGUCUCCUCAGUGUCCCCUCAAUGUCCCCUCAGAAUCCCCUCAAUGUCCCCUCAGUGUUCCCUCAAUCAAUCAAUCAAUAACUUUAUUUGUCCCCAAUGGGGCAAUUAAUUUUGCAGCAAUAUAUACACAUAUACACAUAAAAAAAAGGACAACGAGUUUAAAUCUAAAAAUCCAAGCCCCACAACAGCUACCUUUUCCUCAUGGAAUUGAGAAGGGAGAUGGCAGAAGGU